UUUAUCGCGGUCUAAAUAAGUGCAUGGGGUUAUAAAUGGUUGAUAUAUUUUUUAAAUAAAAAUGUUAAGAACGCUCCUUUAUUCAGUUCCAGCACGUAGUAUUCUAUGUCCAUAUCUGCAGUUUCCGCAAUCUGUGAGUCACAAACGACUCCCUUCGAAUUCACUGUUUUUAUCAGUAGUGUCGCGAAAUUGUGCGAAAGUAGCCCCAGAUGAGAGCAUUGAAAAUGAGGCAAAACCGUCUAGAAAACAUAAUCCCUUUGCACAGACAAAACUAACAUCAAACACAGAAGCCAACAUAAAAAAUGCAUCCUAUACCAGUGAGGAAGAACGCGUCAAACUAUUGAAGGUAUUGCAGUUGGAAUUGGACAUUGCGCAUCAGGAGGGACGGCGUGUGCCUGCGUUGGAGUCUGUCACAGAUGAGAACUGGGCUCACAUUCUUACGCUGCCUUCAAAGUCGGCACGUAACAAAUACUACAGCUACUUGUGGCAAAUUGAAACGAAAAAAGAGGCUAAGGAGCGAAAAAAGCAGGAACGUGCCUUACAGGUGAUUGAGCACAAGCAGGAAUUGCGUAAACAGCGCGAAGAAAAUCAGCACAUCAUCUAUGGUUUAGGGCACACUUCGUUAUUCUUACGUAUCUACGACUCGACUAUCAACCAUUUCCAGAAUAACAGAUUGACUCGCGCAAUGCAGUUUUCACCUAAAAUUGUGCUAGACUGCUCAUAUGAUCAACACAUGACGCGACGGGAAGCACUGAAUGCGGCCAAGCAAUUGAUGCUGUGCUUCGCCGAGAAUCGUGCGCAUGAUGACCCCUUCGAUUUACAUUACUGCAACGUAAAUUUAAAUAGUAUAUCUACAAAAGCUUUAAACCGUUACAUACCCACCAUGAUGAAUCCGGAGUUUCCAAUGAAUGUACAUGAAAAAUGUUUUACUGAGCUGUUUCCGAGAGAAAAUCUGGUCUAUCUGACGCCACACUGCCGUACAGAUUUGGUGAAGUACAAUCCCGAUGACGUGUAUAUAAUUGGUGCAAUGGUGGAUACAGUAAAUAACGAACCGCUGUCGCUUGCUAAAGCGAAACGUUUGGGCAUACGCAUGGCACGACUACCACUCGACCGCUACUUACAGUGGGGUGCGGGCUCUGGCAAGUCACUAACUCUUAAUCAAAUGGUUAAUAUUUUAUUGGAUCUGAAAACUACUAAAGAUUGGACACACGCUUUGAGACAUGUGCCUCGCCGGAAGGUGAUCGAUAUGGCAACAGAUGCGCUGCGACAAAAGCGUGCUUUGGAAAGGCGCGCUGGCCAACUUAAUUUUCGUUUAGAUGAUACUUUAGACGAACGGGAUAGAAACGAACGAGAUUUGCAAAACCCUAAAGUAAGAACGUACAAAAAGAAUGCCCAAUUCAAUUUGGAAACAUGGGGCUCCAAAAAGAAAAAUAGAAAUUCGAGCUAGUUUUCUGUUGUAAGUUUUUAGUUCAUCAAAAUAAAACAUAUGUAUUUAAUAAGCA